GGAGCCAAAGCAAAAAAAAUACCCAGUUGUGGAUAUGACUGGUGAUAGAAGCAAGGUCCGAUGCUGUAAAGAGAAAUAUUGCAUAGGAACCUGGAAUGUUCGGUCCAUGAAUUAGGGCAAGUUGGAAGUGGUCAAACAGGAGAUGGCAAGAGUGAACGUCAACAUUCUAGGAAUCAGGGAACUAAAAUGGACUGGAACGGUUGAAUUUGACUCAGAUGACCAUUAUAUCUACUACUGUGGGCAGGAAUCCCUUAGAAGAAAUGGAGUCACCAUCACAGUCAACAAAAGAGUCCGAAAUGCAGUACUUGGAUGCAGUCUCAAAAAUGACGGAAUGAUCUCUGUUCGUUUCCAAGGCAAACCAUUCAAUAUCACAGUAAUCAAAGUCUAUGCUCCAACCAGUAAUGUUGAAGAAGUUGAACAGUUUUGUGAAUAUCUACAAGACCUUCUAGAGCUAACACCCAAAAAAGAUGCCCUUUUCAUUGUAGGGGACUGGAAUGCAAAAAUAGGAAGUCAAGAAAUACCUGAAGUAACAGGCAAAUUUGGGCUUGGAGUACAGAAUGAAGCAAGGCAAAAGCUAAUAAAGUUUAGCCAAGAGAACUCAGUGAUCAUAGCAUACACUCUCUUCCAAAAAUACAAGAGAAGACUCUACACAAAGACAUCACCAGAUGGUCAACACUGAAAUCAGAUUGAUUAUAUUCUUUGCAGCCAAAGACAGAGAAGCUCUAU